ACUUGGUUGAUUAUUUUCGAGGCGUGACUUUGCGCGUUCCCGAAUCCCAAAUCGAAGGUCCAUCAAUCCAAAAUGUUAUCGCAGUAUGUUGAAGAACUGGAGCAGGAUCCGUUCGAGGUGGAAGAAUUCAUCGAGCGACUAUGCUGGCGAACGAACAACGAAAUUGGUUCCGAUCAGUUCGAUCCCGAUCUGCUGUACGAGACGUUCGUUGAAACCAUAAAGGACAUGAAGAUUCUGCAGGAACGGCAGCAACGAAAGUGUGACAAACUGGAAGAGGCACUGAAGGAGGAGCAAGCGAUCUUUGUGAAGGCGAUUGACAAGUUCGUCGCGAAGCACCAGGUAUCGGUGGACUACUUCCAUCAGCUGGACGAAAAGAUCAACUCGGUCGCCGGCAAGGUGAUCCAUCUAGGCGAGCAGCUUGAGAACGUCAACAUUCCGCGGAGUCGCGCGGUCGAGGCACAGCUACUGCUAAACCACAUGACGGAGUUCCUGACGCCGGGCCCGAUCGUGAACGACAUUUACAGCGAUAAGACGAAACUGUACGAGGCGGCCGAUAUCAUACAGAAGUUGUUUCAAAUCUCGCAGGAUCUACCGGCGCAGAGGUUUGCGAACGCGAAGAAAAAGAUCGAAGCCAAGUAUGACGACAUCGAGAUGCGGCUUAUCGAGGAGUUUGCGACGGCCCAGAAGAUGGAGAACAUUGAGCGGAUGAAGGAGCUGUCGGAUAUACUGUCGCAGUUCAAGGGCUACACGCAGGUGAUCGAUGUGUACAUUGAGCAAAGCCAGGCCACCACGUACGGUGGGCGCGACGUGUUCGAGGGCAUCGUGCCGCUCUGCCACAAGCACUACAAAAUCAUCCAGCAGGUGUUUAGCGCUCCGGACAAAGUGAUUAGCAAGUUCAUUCUCAACAUCUACCAGCUGAAGAUCAACCAGUUCGUGCAGACGAAACUGGACGACCGAAAAGACGAGCAUAAAUAUCUGAAAACGCUAUCGGAGCUGUAUUCCCGUACGCUCAAGCUUAGCGCGGAGUUGCAGGAGUUUUUCAAGGGGUCCGACGAUGAUCUGCUGCAAAAAUUGACGGCCAACAUCUUUGAUCGCCAUCUGGCCACCUACAUCGAAGUGGAAUGCCGUACGCUCGAUGGUCGGUGUCAGGCGGAGCUGAAAAGAUUUUACGAAAACAAAAACCACCAAAAGAAGCAGAUCGAACGAUUCCAGGAACUGCGACGUGAUAUGCAGGCCCUGAUAGGGGCCCGCGCUAACAUAAACAUUGCCCAGAUCGAAGACUACGGGGGUGAAACGUUUCUCUCGGAGGAGCUGGCGAUCAAUUUGCUGCAACAGUCGACACUAGCGUUCGAACGCUGCUGCCUGCUGUCGAAGGAACCAGAACUUCCCCGUCACAUUCUUAAAUUGGCGGACAUUUUGCUGCGCAAUCUGCUCCACGAGCAUUGUGAUUAUGCGCUCGAUCUCGGUCUGCAGGCCAUACCGAUCGCGGAAUGCAAAAGCGUGCCCCAGAUAUACUUCAUGGAUGUGGCCCAAAAGUGCAACGCCAUCGUGCACCUGCUGGAGAAGACGUACAGUGCGAGCGUGACCCCGAACGUGGUCGGUACACCACAAUACGGUGACUGCAUUCAGAAAAAGCGCUCCUAUCUCGAAACGGUGGAGAAUAAGAUCGAAACGGGACUGGAGCGCACGCUUAAUGCCAUCUUCGGGUGGGUCAAGAAUUACCUGCAGAGCGAGCAGCGAAAGUCUGACUUUAAACCGGACACGGAUGUAGACACCGUGGCAUCGAACGCAUGCCUCUCGGUAGUCCAGUAUCUUAACCCACUGAUAGGGCUGUUCCAGAAGACGGUGGAUGGUGAAAAUCUUGUGGCCGUCCUGACGGAGUUUGGCAUCCGCUACCAUCGUGUAGUGUUUGAGCAUCUCCAACAAUUUCAGUACAACACGGCGGGCGCUAUGUGUGCGAUAUGCGACGUUAACGAGUACCGGAAGAGUGCACGAGUUCUGCAGAGUCCGCUCGUGACUCAGCUUUUUGAUGUUCUGCAUGCGCUCUGCAACUUGCUGCUUGUGAAGCACGAAAAUUUGCAGGAAGUCUGCGGUGGCGACACACUCAACUAUCUGGACAAAUCGGUCGUCAUGAACUUUAUACAGCUGCGAAGCGAUUACAAAACGAUCAAAAUAUCAAACUCACUCAAAGGAAUAUCCGACCAGAGGAUGGUUUAGAAAGGGGAGGAAC